GCGGGCAAAUGUUUUAUGUUGUCGUUGGAAGAUUUAUUUUGUUAAUAAUGACGCAAGUACUUCAGUCGGGAUUCGAUGCUGCUACUGAGGUGUUUAGCUUUCGUUCUAUUCCUGACGACUUCGGUACGCAGUGAUAUUUGUUCAGAAUGGGGGCCAUAUUUACCUUGGUCUGGGUGGAUGACUAGUACCCGUCCUGGUGUCGAGUGUUCGCUGCUCUGUGGCGGAUCGGGCUAUAUAGAAAAUCUACGAUAUAGAUACAGGUGUUAUGACGACCACCCUACAACGAUCGUGGAUAUUGAAUACAGGAAUGGCACGUGCCAUACAGAACCAUGUGGAGAUAAAUGCCUUCCUGGUGUGUAUAGAUUUCUCCCUCACUCCACAAAUUCAGGUCGCUUUUACCAGUGUUCGAACGAGAGGGCGUUUCUUCACCGCUGUCCACCCAACACUGUCUGGGGACAAGCUCUAGGAAGAUGUGCAUGGCCAUGGGAAGUCAAGUAAAGCGAUUGACAUUGAUCUUCGUGAAUACUUAUAAGUGAUUAUUAUUAUACCUAUAUCAGUGGUGGUUUUUCCAUAGCCAUCUAUGGAAAUUCCAGCAUUACUGCCAAAUUCCAAAUUCUUUAAUAUUCAAUAAAACUGACGUACCUG